CUUUUUUGUCAGCUUUUAUAAGUUGAUGAAGAAGUCGACACAGUAAUUUUGUAUGAUUUGUAUAGACUUCGCAUUUUACAAAGCGACUUCUUUACAUUUUACAUUGUAGACUAUAUAAUGUAUUGAAUUGCUCCCCCGUUUUUUAUUUACACAAGACACUUCAGUUCUAUAAAAAUUUAAGAAGCUCUGAGAAGUUCGAACCACCUUUAGUUAACGAUAACGGCAUAACGCCUACGCUCAGUUCCCGCCAAUUUAAGUUGUUUGUUCCUAUGGGAAAUGAGAAUUAAAAGUUAAAACCCAUGUCUUCAAUGGGGAAAACAUCGGUAGUAAGCUUAUGCAUUUAUCCUCUGGCUUACGAUUAUACAGGAAAACCAUUCAUACCAACGAAACCUUUGAUCUUACCCAAGAGCCUGUCUUCAGAAACCUCUGUUUCCUCGUUAGCCAGGGGUGACUUUCGUAAUUCUGUUUCUACCAAAGCUAGCAUUUUGUCCGUCAAUAGAACCGGAAAAGAUUGUUCUUUUGACUGCAAUGUCGAAAUUGGCAAGUUUUGUGAAGUGGGCAAUCUUCAAAAGGCCAUGGAACUGUUGUGUCGGAGUGGAAAUUUGGGUCUUGUCGAUGUACCGACUUGUUGCUGUAUACUGCAACUAUGUGCCGAUUUAAAGUCACUUGACAAUGGAAGAAAAGUUCAUUCCUUUCUGAACACUGCCGGCAUUGAAAUUAAUGGUGUUUUGGGUUCUAAGCUUGUGUUUAUGUAUGUGAGUUGUGGGGAUUUGGUUGAAGGUAGAAGGGUGUUUGACAAAAUUGAUUCUGAAAAUGUCUUUCUUUGGAAUCUAUUGAUGAAUGCAUAUGCCAAGAUGGGUUCUUUUCAGGACAGUGUACUUCUAUUCUAUAAAAUGUUAGAGACGGGAGUUCAGGCCAAUUCCUAUACAUUUUCUUGUAUUCUGAAGUGUUUUGCAGCUUUAAGGAGUAGACGUGAGGGUGAAGAGGUUCAUGCUUACCUUUUGAAACUGGGAUUUGGUUCUUGUACUACGGUUGUGAAUUCGUUGAUUACUUUUUACUUCAAGUGCAGAAGAAUUGAACAUGGUCAGAAACUGUUUGAUAAAAUGUGUGAAAGAGAUAUCAUCUCAUGGAAUUCAAUGAUGAGUGGAUAUGUGGUAAAUGGUCUGGCUCAGAAGGGUAUCAAAACUUUCAAUGAGAUUCUGAGGCAAGGUGUUGGAGUUGAUUUAUCUACAAUGGUUGUUGUUCUCGCUGCCUGUGCUGAUGUUGGUAGCAUUUGGUUGAGUAAAGCAAUUCAUGCUUAUGCCAUGAAAGCUGGAUUUGCGACGAAAAUGGAUUUUGACAAUACUAUUAUGGAUGUGUAUUCCAAAUGUGGGGACAUUGGUGGUGCAGUUUGUAUUUUUCAGAACAUGGUUGAAAAAGAUAUCGUGUCCUGGACUUCAAUGAUCGCAGGAUAUGGUCGAGAAGGCAUGUCUAAUGAAGCAUUUGAAUUAUUCCGUACACUGAGAAAAAGAGGAAUCAAUCCUGAUGUUUUUGUUGUCACAAGUAUCCUUCAUGCUUGUGCAUGUAGUGGUUCAUUGGAAAAUGGCUUGAAAGUGCAUGAAUACAUCAAGGAAAAUAACAUGGAAUCCAAUUUGGUUGUCUCCAAUGCUCUUAUGAACAUGUAUUCAAAAUGUGGAAGUAUGGAAAAUGCUGAAAACGUUUUCUCUCGAAUGACAACUAGGGAUAUUGUAUCAUGGAACACAAUGAUAGGAGGGUAUUCAAAGAAUGGUUUACCCAGUGAAGCGCUGAACAUGUUCAUUAGAAUGCAGCUCCAAUUUAGGCCUGAUGAUGUUUCAGUAACUUGCAUCCUUCCAGCUUGCGCCAGCCUCGGAGCAUUAGAGAGGGGUCGUGAAGUCCAUUGUUACCUGUUAAAAAAUGAACUUUCUUCGGACCUACUUGUUGCUAAUGCACUUGUUGACAUGUAUGUAAAAUGCGGUGCAUUAGCUACUGCGAAGCUGCUCUUUGAUAAGAUUGUGUUGAAGGAUCUUUUCUCGUGGACAAUAAUGAUAGCUGGAUUUGGUAUGCAUGGGUUUGGGCGUGAAGCUAUUGCUACCUUCAAUGAAAUGAGGCAAGCAGGUAUUGAGCCUGAUGAAACUUCUUUUAUUUCCAUUCUUUAUGCUUGUAGUCAUUCUGGCUUAUUUGAUGAAGGAUGGAAAUUCUUUAAUUUGAUGAGGAAUGAGUUUCACAUACAACCCAAACUUGAUCACUAUGCAUGUAUAGUAGAUCUUCUGGCUCGUGCAGGGAAAUUGUCCAUGGCAUAUAAGUUUAUCAAGAACAUGCCACUUGAGCCUGACGCGACAAUCUGGACAGUACUACUUAGCGGAUGUAGAAUGCACCAUGAUGUGAGACUGGCAGAGAAAGUUGCAGACCAUGUCUUUGAGCUAGAACCCGAAAACACACACCAUUAUUUACUUCUAGCAAAUAUAUAUGCAGAGGCAGAAAAAUGGAACGAAGUUCAGCAACUGAGGCAAAGGAUGAUUAAGCGCGGCUUAAAAAAGAACGUAGGUUGUAGUUGGAUUGGGAUGAAGGGCGAGGUUUAUAUUUUUGUCUCAAGCAGGACAAAUCACCCUGAAGCAAGAAACAUUACACUCUUGCUAAAAGAUUUGAGCAAGGAAAUGAAAGAACAGGGCGACGCUUCCAGAAAGAAGUAUGCACUGAUCAACACAGAGGAGAAGCAGAAACAGUUUGCUCUCUGUGGGCACAGCGAGAAGUUGGCAAUGGGUUUCGGGAUAUUAAGGUCACCGCCGGGGAAAGCUAUAAGAGUGACGAAGAAUUUGAGAGUAUGUGGUGAAUGUCACGAGAUGGGUAAAUUCAUGUCCAAGAAGUUUGGAAAGGAGAUCCUAUUAAGAGAUUCCAAUCGGUUCCACCAUUUUAAGGACGGGACAUGUUCUUGCAGAGGUUACUGGUAAAUAAAUAUUGUCCAGAACUCAGCAGAGUUUUGUUUUUCUGGGUUACAUAUGACGAUGAAUGGCGGUAGUGAUGAUAGCUGAUGGCCGCUGUUGUUGUUGUUGUCCGAAUACAUAUGUCAAUGUAAUGUCAAAACGGUAUUGACGAAAACGUUUAAAAAAUAGUGUAAUUUGCAGAAACCAUAUGUAGUCUUCCAGUGCAAUUUCAAGGAUUUUUAACAACGUCACCA